UACUAACUAAGUCAAGUGAAUGAACCAAAACCACACCAUAACAAAACAACCAUGAAACUCACACUUUCCCUCUUGUUCCUAUCCCUCUCCCUAGUCCAAGGACUAAACCCCAAAUGUGAUGUCCAAGACAAUGGUUCAACACUCCAAGUAAUCCAUGUGUUCAGCCCAUGUUCCCCAUUUAGGCCAUCAAAGCCACUGUCAUGGGAAGAAAGUGUCCUCCAAAUGCAAGCCAAAGACACAACUAGACUUCAAUUCCUUGAUAGUUUAGUAGCUAGAAAAUCUAUUGUACCUAUUGCUUCUGGUAGACAAAUCAUACAGAGUCCAACUUACAUUGUUAGGGCUAAAAUUGGUACUCCACCUCAAACUUUGCUUUUGGCUAUGGAUACUAGUAAUGAUGCUGCUUGGAUUCCUUGUACUGCUUGUGAUGGUUGUGCUUCAACUUUGUUUGCUCCUGAAAAAUCAACUACAUUUAAGAAUGUUAGUUGUGCUGCUCCUGAAUGCAAACAGGUACCUAACCCUGGUUGUGGUGUGAGCUCAUGCAAUUUCAACCUAACCUAUGGCAGUUCCUCUAUUGCAGCUAACUUGGUACAAGACACUAUUACCUUAGCCACCGACCCAGUUCCUAGCUACACAUUCGGUUGUGUUUCAAAAACCACAGGCACCUCUGCCCCACCACAAGGUCUAUUGGGCUUGGGCCGAGGCCCGUUGUCACUUUUGUCUCAAACCCAAAACCUCUAUCAGUCCACAUUCUCUUAUUGCUUGCCAAGUUUCAAGUCUCUUAACUUCUCUGGGUCUUUGAGACUUGGACCUGUUGCUCAACCCAAGAGGAUUAAGUAUACCCCUCUUCUCAAGAAUCCUAGACGAUCAUCACUCUAUUAUGUUAACUUGGAAGCAAUUAGAGUUGGCCGAAAAGUCGUCGAUAUUCCACCAGCCGCAUUGGCUUUUAAUCCGACCACUGGAGCCGGUACCAUCUUUGAUUCAGGUACCGUGUUUACUCGGCUGGUUGCCCCGGUCUAUGUCGCGGUCAGAGACGAGUUCCGGCGAAGAGUUGGGCCAAAGCUCACAGUGACAUCCCUAGGAGGGUUUGACACAUGCUACAAUGUCCCAAUAGUUGUACCCACAAUAACAUUCAUAUUCACCGGUAUGAACGUGACAUUGCCACAAGACAACAUCCUUAUACAUAGCACCGCAGGCAGCACCACGUGUUUGGCCAUGGCGGGCGCACCCGAUAAUGUGAACUCGGUGUUGAACGUGAUAGCCAACAUGCAGCAACAAAACCACCGUGUACUCUAUGAUGUCCCUAACUCUAGGGUUGGUGUUGCUCGUGAGCUAUGUACUUAAUAAAAUGGUCGAUACACAUAAUCUUUUGUCAAUAUGGCAUUAGAAAAGUUGUUUGGGUAAUGGUAAUAUGGUACUCAAUUUAUAUAUUGAAGGGUAUAAUUUUUAGCAUAUGGUAAGGUUUGAUUGUAACCACAUGGUGUAAGAUUUUGAGCUAAGAACUCCAUAUUGUAUGUGGAUUAAAUUCAUGUGAAUUUCCAAAGUUAAGUUAUAUUUGUAGUUUUUGUAAUGGUGAGUGUGUAUCACGGGUAUAUGUACCUCUAGCUAGCUAGCUAGCUAGAUUUGUGUCUUUUUAUUCAAGUUAGUUGAAUUGAUGAGACUUCAAAGUUUAAUAAA